CACCUCCGUCACGGCGUCACCCCACUUCACAUUCAAAACCCUCUCCCCAUUUCUCCUCUGCUCCAAGACUCUCUCUCUCUCUCUCUCUCUCUCUCUCUCUCUCUCUCUCUCUCUCUCUCCAAUGGCCGAUGAUACUGUGGCUUCUCAGAGAAGAGACCCUGUCAAAUCCUCAGUUGGAAAUGUUGCAGGACAGCGGAGGCGGCAGACUGCAAUUACAGUGGGAAAAGAAAGAAGGGAAUCAUUGAUUCGGGCAAAGCGUUUGUGUAGAGUGGGGACUAAUGGUGAAAGUGCUGAUCCCCUUGAUGGUGAAAUGAUGAUUGAUGAAGAGCAGCCGAUUUUGGAUGCUCAGACUUCUGCAGCUGUGGAAGAGUUGAAGUAUGCUGUUGCACAUCAGGGGAAAGGUGCAUGGCAAAAGAGGGUGAGUGCCCUGCGUGAACUCAGGCGCUUAUUAUCUCGAUCGGAAUUCCCUCCUGUUGAUGCUGCUCUUAAAGCUGGUGCAGUGCCUUUACUAGUGCAAUGCCUUUCAUUUGGCUCGCCAGAUGAACAGUUGCUUGAGGCAGCUUGGUGUCUUACAAACAUAGCGGCAGGGAAACCUGAGGAAACAAAAGCUUUGUUGCCAGCCUUACCACUACUUAUUGCUCAUCUUGGAGAAAAGAGUUCCCCACCUGUUGCUGAGCAAUGUGCUUGGGCAAUCGGUAAUGUCGCUGGUGAAGGAGAAGAGCUGAGAGAUGUUCUGCUUUCUCAGGGUGCCUUACCACCUCUUGCAAGAAUGUUGCUUCCAAACAAGGGCUCAACUGUGAGAACAGCUGCUUGGGCACUGUCAAACCUAAUCAAGGGACCCAACCCAAAGGCUGCAAAUGAGCUCAUUAGAGUUGAAGGAGUACUGGAUGCAAUUAUACGGCACCUGAAAAAGGCAGAUGAGGAGUUAGCAACUGAAGUUGCAUGGGUGGUUGUGUAUCUCUCAGCCCUUUCAAAUAUUGCUACCAGUAUGCUAGUGAAGAAUGAUGUCCUUCAACUGCUUGCGGAAAGAUUGGCAACAUCCAAUAGUUUACAGUUACUUAUUCCGGUGCUAAGGAGUUUAGGUAAUUUUAUAGCUGGUGAUUCACAGACUACCCAUGCUAUUAUUGUCCCUGGGAAUGAAAUCACAGGUAACAUCAUAGAAGUCCUGGUGAAAUGUUUGGGGAGUGAACACCGGGUCCUAAAGAAGGAAGCUGCGUGGGUGCUGUCUAAUAUAGCUGCUGGUUCUAUAGAGCACAAACAGUUGAUAUACUUGAGCGAGGCCGUGCCUUUGCUGAUACGACUUCUUUCCACAGCACCAUUAGAUAUACGAAAAGAAGUAGCAUAUGUACUGGGAAACCUGUGUGUUUCCCCUAUUACACCAACAGAAGGCGAUGGAAAGCCGAUUCUGAUUCUGGAGCACUUGGUCUCACUUGUUGGUAGAGGAUGCCUUCCGGGUUUCGUUGAUUUGGUUAGCUCUGCUGAUACUGAAGCUGGAAAAGUAGGUUUACAAUUCAUAGAAAUGGUUUUGAGAGGGAUGCCGAAUGGUGAGGGGCCAAAGCUUGUUGAGCAAGAGAAUGGGAUUGAAGCAAUGGAAAGGUUUCAGUUUCAUGAAAACGAAGACUUGAGAAAUAUGGCAAAUAGUCUAGUAGAUAAGUACUUUGGAGAGGACUAUGGGCUUGAUGACUAGCCUAACUGGUGGUGCAUGAAGUUCCAAAGAUUUUCUUCUUUUACCUUCCAAGACCCCCUUACCCAUGUAUGAUGUACUGUUGUAAGAACUAAGAAGUGUAAAAUUGUGGUGUGCAUUGUAUCAAGUGUUAUCUCGUUCAGACCAAUAAAGGUUCAAAUGAAUUUAGAAAUUUGGUUGAAA